CAAAAUUAUGAAUCUAUGAUUAAACCUCCACCACAUCUACCAGAACAAGAAUCCAAAAACAUAGAAAAGGUCGAAACCUUUGCUUGUCUUUAUUCAAGAAAAUCCAACCAAAAAAUGUAACCCGUUAAGUCUCAAGAACCAAUCAGACAGACCACACGUCUCUAAUUUUCUAAACCACUAAAUUGCAAUAAAAUCUUAGAGAAACUUGAGGUAAAUAGCAGGAUAAGCCCCCCCAAGAUAUGCUGUGAGUAUCAAAAUAGAAAGAGAGAUUUUAAGGAUCAGAAACUUAAGUUUAGUUUAGUUUCUGAGGUUUGGUUUCUCUCUUAAAAGAUGGUUGAAGGUUGUCUUAUGGCUUCUAAUGGUUAUCCUCCUUGGUUAUUUUCACCUCCAGAGCAGAACAUAGGAAGGGUGUCAAAGGAUAGUCUUCCUUUUUAUCCUAUUCCUGGAGUGAAUCAAGAUACGGUGAAGUCAAGUUGUGCUAGCCUAAGGUUGAAUCAAAGACUGGAUUUAUGGAAACCAAUGAGUCGGUUAUUGGCAGGCAAUCCCUUUGUCAGGAUCCUAUCAAGCGUUGAGGGACCAGUACAUAUAGAUGUGCAAGACAAUCACUUGAACUCAGUGCUCUUCAGCUUUGGGAUUGCUGAACAAUGCACAAGGCAGGAGAAGAUUCUGAAGUACCUUAGGUCUAGAUCAAAUGAUGUAGAAAGGGGUGGAAUAGAUAUGUCUAUACUCUUAGAUCUCAUGGGCCCACUGGCACAUGCGAUAGACAUGCAUCAACAACAAUUUGCUUCUUAUAUCGACCAACAAUCUCAUGAUGAUGCUAAGUCUCCGCCAUCUCUUGUUUAUCCAAGUGCUGCACUCCACCUAUGGGAACCUUCUUUAAAUUUGAUAGGUCUCAAUUCUGGAAAUAUGAUUCAUUCUGAUGGCCGUCUAUUAGUUAGUGGUGCCAGUGCUAGAGUUGAGAUGAAGGACAUACUUUCAAUUAUCUCCGAGUUCUACUUCUCAAAGGACUCAAUCAAAUGCACAAAACACGCAAUGCUGGUUCCAUACUUUGACAGGAAGACAUGCAAGACAAAGGCUAAAGGUGAAAGUACUGCUCAGAAGCUUGACGUGAAUGCAGCAUCUCUAAGGAGUCCUCAGAAAACUAAGUACCAGACAUCACCCCAGAAAAAGAGCAACAAGAAAGCAGUUAAAGAGAGAGAUAUCUACAGAAACAAUUACCUCCAUGCAUGUGAAAGCCUUAUGUCCAUAAUAGUUGACAAGAAACGGCAUGGGAAAACUGCAAUACUUUCAUUGAAGAAAUCAGGUCCCCAACUACCACAAUUUCUGACCACGUUCUCUGCUAGCAUAGCUGGAACCGGCAUAGCUGUCCUUUUCUCUGUUGUCUGCAAACUAGCUUGUGGAAGAAUUGUCUUUUCUGCGCCUAAAUUGUUGAACACCAGUUUAGGCCUUGGACUUAUAUGGCUUUCUUGGGCUGUCAAUAAUUUGAGGGACACCGUUGUUGUGAUCAACAGAAGUCCAGGCAAGUUGGAUAUGAUAGAGGAUGACAUGAUGAAUAAUUUGGACAAAAAUGUGAAGGAAAUCUACUUCAGAGCUGCAACUUUGCUGGCGGUUGUAGUAUUGAGGCUUGCUUGAUUUCAAGAAUUCAAGAUUUAGAGACUGUAAAAACAUGCGCAACUUGGGGGACGAUAUCAGUAGCUGAUUUCGGGACAUCCAACUGUAAUAUAAUAGCUGAGCAGAAAGAAAUGGACUUUAACAAGCACUAAAUAUACGUAGUGAGUAAGAAAGCUCAACCCUUUUCUGCUCGUCCAGUUUGUGUCGUAGAGGAUAGUCUUGUAAAAUGACGUGAAUAAAGCUAGCACGAGAGUUUUGAGCUAUUGGGACAAUUAAGAAUUUUUGACAUUAUAUUCAGGAGCCAAGUUUUUAUUCAUUCA